CUGCUCUGCGCCAUAUCCGCCGAGUCCUCUCGCCCUGCCGAUAGCGCUUCCCGGUCGACAUGGAGGCCAAGAAGGGUCCCAAGAAGAAAUCGCUCAAGGGCGGAGGCAAGCACUCGUCUGUGAGUUCGAUCCACAGUGUCAUGGAACAGCUAGAUCAGUACGAAAAGAGUGUGUUGGAUCGUACGAGGAAGUCGGACGUGACGAUUCCAGUCGUGGGUGGCAGCACCGCCAUGUCGCCUUCUCGGUCGCGGCAAAAACUGAUCAAAGAAUCCCAUUCCAAGUCAGAUCUGGCUGCCAUACCUCCCACAAAUCAGCACAUACAUACGCAUAGCCAGCAUCCUCCCACCACGCCAACGUCCCUCAAGGCGUUGGACCUUGUCCAGUUCCUCGAACAGAACGUUCCACACAACACCAUCACCGACCAAAAGCCAUUCACACGCAGCUACUUGCCGCUGCGACUCUUCUCCGACACCUCCGACGUGGCCGCCCAGGACUGGGUACGCAAAGGACCGAAAAAGGCCGUGGGAUUGAGCGUGAAUGAAGAGACGGGUGUCGUGGGCAACUGGUCCUACUGCACCGUCACCUCGUUCGACAUGCAGCACGACAUGUUUGUCGUGUCGUGGAUGGCGGGGGCUCGCGUUGGACCUCCGCUCGUUCCCCGAGUUUAUUUAUGCUUUGACGUCGAGUCUCGCCAAGGAUUUGUGGACCGCCUCCUCGAAUGCGUCGAUCGCCGGCGAGAAUCCGAAGCGCGACUGAGGUUCUCCCUCUACGUCGAGAGCAUGCCCAACGACGUGGAAGCGCAACUCGACUCGGACCGCGUCAACAGCAUCUUGUCGUACGCGCUGUCGUCGUCGAGGCUGUCCACGAACGCCCGGACGGCGCAACUGCUCGAAGAAGUGAACGAAGCGUACAUGCGCACCAUGAACGCGCUGAUUUUGGAAACCAACUUGGCCGACGUGCAGCGUGAGUUCCCCAUGUUGUUGUACCCCACGCGUCACGUACCUCGCCCUCCUCCCGACUGCGGCGUCGUGCCCGUGGCGCCGUACGACUACAACGACCGGUUCGUCCGUGCCACGACGGACACGUUCUUGAGCUCGCUGCCGGCGAUCCGCGCGCUUCUGGACGUCCGGCAGUUCUCCAACAACAUCAUGGGCCAGACAUUGAUGAAGACGGAGCAGGCCGUGGACUCGACGGACGGCGCUCGGUCGGUCGUGGUGACGGACUUUGUGGCGACGCAGAACCAAGUGAACCAGAACGCGAUGCGGUUUCUACGGGACAAUUGGACGCGCGCGGCCGCGAAAGCGAUCCAGGCACACAUGGGGGGGGCGGACAUGAGUGGCAGCGUGCGUUAUAACUUGGCCGAAAGCCACCGCAACCUGUACGAGGAUACGCCGCUCCAGCGCAUUCUCCGCCGAGUGAACUUUAUGGCCCAAGAGUCGCUACGGAAUUUGAUCUUCUCCACGUUUCACGCGUACGCCACGUUUAUCGAAAACAUGAGCGCCAAGACCGUGGUGGUCCGGGACACGAACGACGUGGACGUGGUGUGCUCGGAGGAAACGCUCAAGACAUGCAACAACUACACGCCGCUGUUCAAGGUGGACGUGGUCGUGUCGGCCGACGUGAAGGUGCUCAACCAAGACGCGAUCGCUGACCGACAAGCCAAGAUACAGGCGUGGCUGGACGAGAACAAGGACGACGGCGACAAGUGCCCGCUGGAACCGAUCGACGCGGUCGACGGACACGAUUUUGAGUACGCGACGCCGCCGUCGGCGUUCCUCGAAGCGGCGAGCUCGCAAUUCGAAACGGUGCUGGCCCGGGUUAAAGCACUCGAGUUGAUUGAGCGAUUGGUGAUGGACCGGUUGUUUUGGCCUCAUCAAGACUGCAUCCCUUGCAUCGACUUGAACGAGGAGUGGGUGCAGCAGCUCUUGGCGCAUGUACACACCUGCUUGAGCGACGCUUUGGUGCCCAUGGACGCGUUCCACCGCAUGCUCAGCAAGUACGUGCCGCUGCUCAACUUAAACGUGGCCGACUACUUGGGGGGGAUGGUCAAGGCCCCCGAAGCCAAGUCGAAAGAAGACGACACCGCCGACGCCGCUGAAGUGGACGUGACACCCCCCAUGGAACUCAACGAACUGCGCCGCGUGAUUCAAAAGCAUCGCGAUGCCGAGCGCACAAUCCUGGACAACAUCCCAGCUCAACCGGUGAACCUCGGCAUUGUGUCGGUGGACUUGUCCAACGUGCGCACGAUCUUGGCCAAGAAACACAGUGAAAUCUACACCAAGUUGCUCGAGACCCAAGUCAGCUAUUGCUACCGCCUCUCGACCAAACUCACUGGCAACUUUGAAGAGAUCAACGCCAACUUGGCCGUGACGCCCAAGGACGUCGAAGGGUUGACGCAAUUGCAAGAUUAUAUUGCGGGCGUCCCCGCGGCGAUCCAACCGCUCCAGGAAGAAAUCCGGCUCAUGCUGGGCAACAACGACUUGGUGGAUGAGUUUCAGUUCAUGGUGUCAGACGACCACUUGAGACUAAAGUGGAACGUACUGGGAUGGCCCAACCGCAUCGCUACGCAGAGCGCCCGGUUCAAAUGGGCACUAGAGGAGCGCAAGGUCAAGUUCGCCAAGCAGAUGGAAGCCGAGCAAGAUCGGUUUGAAAAGACGCUAAGUUCGCUCGUGGAAGAAGUCGAUGCGUUUUCCCGGUACGACAACUUGAGCCACGUUGAGGACAUUGCGCAUCAUGCGAUGGCGGUACAGAAGAAGCUGGACCAGGCGACGCAGGACGCCGUCGUGUUCAAUUCUCGGGAAACGCUAUUUGGCAAGGAAGUGACUGCUUACGACAUGCUGGCAGUGGCCAAGAAGAACUUUGAGCCGUACAACCUCCUCUGGGCGUCAUCGUACAAUUGGAUUCAGUCGCGGAAGCAGUGGACCCAAGGCAGCUUCACGGACGUGAACGCCGAAGAAAUCGAAAAAUCUGUCGACACGUACAGCACGUCGAUCCAAAAAGCGACCAAGUUCUUCGCAAACAGCGGCAACGACGUAUGUGCCAAGAUUGCUGAGACCAUCAAGGAGCAAAUCAACGUGUUCAAGCCGUACGUGCCGCUGAUUGUGGCCCUGCGGAACCCGGGCAUGCGGCCACGUCAUUGGAAUGAACUCAGUCGCGUGUUGGGGUUCACGCUCGAGCUGGACGAAAGUUUCACCCUGAACUCGAUCUUUCGACUGAAUUUGCUCGACCAAAUCGACGACAUUGUCAAAGUGAGCGAGGCGGCGGGGCGCGAGUACCAGAUCGACGUGGCGUUGGCCGCCAUGAAGAAGCAGUGGGACGCCAUCGACCUGCAGAUCAUUUCGUAUCGAGAAACUGGCACGUACAUUAUCAAAGGCGUCGACGAAAUUCAAAUGGUGCUGGACGAGCACAUUACAAUGACACAGGCGAUGAUGUUUUCAUCGUUCAAAGGGCCGUUCGAAGAACAGAUCACCGAGUGGAAUGCGACGCUGCAACUGGUGAGCGAAGUGCUCGAGGAGUGGCUGGCGGUGCAGCGGUCGUGGCUGUACUUGCAGCCUAUCUUUGAAUCGCCAGACAUCAACAAACAGCUGCCCCUCGAAGGCAAGCGUUUUGCAUCCGUGGACAAAAACUGGCGGCAAACGCUCAGCUCGGGCAAGACCAAGCCGCGGGCAGUGGACUUUUGCAAUUCGCAAAAGCUGCUGGAAAAGUUCAAAGAAAGCAAUAUCUUCUUGGACAUGGUGCAAAAGGGACUGAGCGACUACUUGGAGGUGAAGCGGUCGAGUUUUGCCCGGUUUUACUUUUUGUCCAACGACGAGUUGCUGUCGAUCUUGUCCGAGUCGAAAGAUGUCAAGUUGGUCCAGCCGCACUUGAAAAAGUGCUUUGAAGGGAUCGUCAAAGUCGAGUUCCAGGACGACUUGACGAUCACGGCCAUGAUCUCGGCCGAAGGCGAACAAGUGAAAAUGCACGAACCCAUCGACCCGAACGGCAAGAACGUCGAGUUUUGGAUGCUUGAGGUGGAAAACAUGAUGCGCACGUCCAUUCGAGACAUUAUGCACCAAGCCAUCAUCGACUACGUCCGUGUGGACCGGUCCAAGUGGGUCCAAAAGUGGCCCGGGAUGUGUGUGUUGAAUGCUAGUCAAAUGCACUGGACGCGGGAAAUGGAGGAAGCGAUGGACCAAAGCGGCGCGGACGGCGUCAAGGCCAUGCUGCAGCGCCAACUGGGCCAAUUGGCCGACAUGGUCAAAAUGGUGCGAGGCAACCUCGAUAAAAUGACUCGCAUCACCAUGGGCGCGCUCACCGUCAUCGACGUGCACGCGCGCGACGUGACCAAGAAACUUGUGGCCAAUAACGUGCAGGCCAAAGCCGACUUUUUGUGGAGCUCACAGCUCAAGUACUACUGGGACAACGACCUGUUUGCGCAGAUGGUCACGUCGAGGCGCCCAUACGGGUACGAAUAUUUGGGCAAUUCGUUCCGGCUCGUGAUCACCCCCCUCACGGACAAGUGCUACUUGACGCUCAUGGGGGCGUUGCAAAUGAUCUUGGGGGGGGCCCCCGCCGGGCCAGCCGGCACGGGCAAGACCGAAACGACCAAGGAUCUCGCCAAGGCACUUGCCAAGCAAUGCGUUGUGUUCAACUGCUCGGAUGGGCUGGAUUUCAUUGCGAUGGGCAAAUUUUUCAAAGGUCUGGCCUCGUGCGGCGCGUGGGCGUGCUUUGACGAGUUCAAUCGCAUCGACAUUGAAGUGCUCAGUGUGGUGGGGCAGCAAGUGAUGACGCUGCAGCUCGGCAUCCGACGCGGCGACCAGCGCAUUAUCUUUGAGGACUCGGACAUCAAGCUCAGCGACCAGUUCGGCGUGUUUAUCACGAUGAACCCGGGGUACGCCGGCCGAUCGGAGCUGCCCGACAGUUUGGCGGCGCUCUUCCGACCGGUGGCCAUGAUGGUGCCAGACUACGCUUUGAUUGGGGAAAUCAUGUUUUUCGCGUACGGGUUUGCGGAUGCCCAUGCAUUGGGCGCGAAAAUGGUCACCACGUUCAAGCUGUGUUCGGAGCAGUUGUCGUCGCAGAGUCACUACGAUUACGGCAUGCGUGCCGUGAAAACGGUGAUUACUGCCGCGGGGAACCUCAAGCGGUCGGACCCAGACAUGGACGAAGACGUGCUCCUCCUUCGCGCACUGCAAGACGUGAAUUUGCCCAAGUUCUUGGCACACGACAUCCCAUUGUUCAACGGCAUCAUCUCGGACCUAUUUUUAGGAAAGUGUCGCCCGGCCAUUGACUUGGGAGCUCUGAUUUCUGUGAUUAAACUUAAGACGCAGCACAUGGGGCUGCAGCCGGUGCCGUACUUUUUGACCAAGUGCAUUCAACUGUACGAAACUAUCGUGGUGCGACAUGGGUUGAUGGUUGUGGGGGCUACGGGAGGCGGCAAGUCGGCUAACAUUGACGUGCUGGCGGAGGCAUUGGGGGAGCUGAAAAACCGAGGCGAAUCGGGGUUUGCCUAUGAAAAAGUCGUCAAGUACCAGCUCAACCCCAAGUCGAUCACGAUGGGCCAGUUGUACGGGGAAUUCGAUGCCAACACUCACGAAUGGCAGGAUGGCAUCUUGAGCACGCUGUAUCGCGUGGCGGCCUCCUGCACCAAGGCGGACCGCAAGUGGAUCAUCUUUGACGGACCGGUGGACGCCAUCUGGAUUGAAAACAUGAACACUGUGUUGGACGACAACAAGAAGCUGUGUUUGAACUCUGGCGAGAUGCUUCAGAUGAGCUAUCAAAUGACCAUGAUGUUCGAAGUGGAGGACUUGUCCGUGGCGUCACCGGCCACCGUGAGCCGCACGGGUAUGGUGUACAUGGAGCCGAGCACUUUGGGGCUGCAGCCGUUGGUCACGAGCUGGCUGGAAACGUUCCCAAAGCUUCUGCAGCCCCACGCCAUCUCGUUCUUGAAGCUGUUCGACGUGUACUUGUACUCGUCUGUCGCAUUCAUGCGGUCGUACCUUGUGGAACUGGUCCCGACUAUCGACAACAACCUGUGCCAGAGCCUCAUGAGCAUCCUCAACUGCUUUCUGUCGCCGUACUUCGCCGCCGAACCCGCGACCCCCGAUGCCGCCUUCAAGCAAGACAUCGAGCCCAUCUUUGUGUUUGCGUUGGUAUGGUCUGUGGGGGCCACGACCAACGACCAGGGGCGAAGUCGUUUUGACGCGUACUUGCGGUUGCAAAUGCUCAGCAACAACAUGAACCCAGCUGUCCCGCUCAAAGGUCUCGUGUACGACUACGCGUACUCGAUGAAGGAGCACAAGUGGGUGUCAUGGAUGGACACAAUCGCCCCGUACAGGGUGCCCGCCCAGAUCUCAUUUGCCGAAAUUGUCGUGCCCACAUCAGACAGCGUGCGCAACACGUUUCUCCUGGAUCAGCUGAUUAAGAUUGAAAAGCAUGUGCUUAUGGUGGGCGCCACGGGGACCGGCAAGACGGUCAACAUCUCGCGCUUCCUCGCGUCACUGAACGCGGAUUACAUGCCCAUCGCCAUGACGUUCAGUGCCCAGACCAGCGCCAACCAGACCCAAGACUUGCUCGACAGCAAGAUGGAAAAGCGUCGCAAAGGGGUGUUCGGGCCCCCCGCGGGCAAAAAGUUUGUCGUGUACGUGGACGACCUCAACAUGCCCAAGCGCGAAAAGUACUUUGCCCAGCCGCCGCUCGAGCUCAUCCGCCAGUGGUUUGACCAGGGCGGGUGGUACGACCGGAAGCUGCUGCAAUUCCGGAGCAUCAUCGACGUGCUGUACGUGGCGUCGAUGGGCCCCCCGGGGGGCGGUCGCAACCCCAUCACGAUGCGGUUGCUUCGGCACUUCAACGUCGUGUGCUACGCCGAGCUGAACGACGAGAACAAGGCGAUCAUCUUUAGCACGAUUCUGUCGAGCUUUCUAGCGUCGUUCGCCCCAGAUGUGCAGAAACUAGACAAGGACUGUGUCCAAGCGUCUAUCCAUGUAUACAAUACGAUCUGUCGAGAGCUGCUCCCGACCCCCGCCAAGAGCCACUACACCUUCAACCUGCGAGACCUCGCCAAGAUCUUCCAGGGGUGCUUGAUGUGCGACGCCCGCAAGAUCCAGGACGGCGUCGGGUUCAUGCGGCUGUGGGUGCACGAGUGCAAGCGCGUAUUUGAGGACCGCAUGGUGUCCCAGGACGACCACCAGUGGUUUACCGACUUGCUUCGGUCGACUACUCAGUCGUAUUUCAAGACGGACUAUCCAACGAUUGUGCAAACCCCGUACUUGAUGUAUGGAGACUACUUGGUGCCGGGGGCAGACCCCAAGAUCUACGAAGAGAUUGUCGACGUGACCAAGUUGUUGCCGAUCAUCGAAGAGUACUUGAUGGACCACAACGCCGAGAGCAAGACGCCGAUGCCGCUCGUGUUGUUUAUCGAUGCCGUCGAGCACGUGUCUCGCAUUUCCCGGAUCAUUCGUCAACCGCUGGGCAACGCGUUGUUGCUGGGGGUGGGGGGCAGCGGCCGCCAAAGCUUGACCAAACUGGCAACGUUCAUGGCAGGGUACACGUGUUUCCAGGUGGAGAUUGUCAAGGGGUACGGCAUGGUGGAGUGGCGCGACGACGUCAAGCGGUGUCUGCUCCUCGCGGGGCUCAAGGACAGCCCCGUGGUAUUUCUCUUUUCCGACGUCCAGGUCGUCAACGAAACCAUGUUGGAAGAUCUCAACGGCGUGCUCAACUCGGGGUCGGUUCCGAAUCUGUACGGCCCCGAAGACAUGGACCAAAUCGUGAACGCGUGCAAGAUUGAUUGCCAAAAGAAGCAAAUUCCACCAACCAAAACCAACAUCUUUUCACAGUACAUUGUCCGCGUACGCAAGAACAUCCACUUGGUGAUUUGCAUGAGUCCGAUCGGCAAUGCCUUUCGAGACCGCCUGCGCAUGUUUCCAUCGCUCGUCAACUGCUGCACCAUCGACUGGUUCAGCGAAUGGCCCGCGGAAGCGCUCAAUUCGGUGGCCACGGCCAUCUUGAGCGAUGGGAAUCUCAAGCUCGGGGACGCCGACCAGAUGCAGCACCUGGUCGAAGUGAUCAAGUCUAUCCACCAGAGCGUCGAAGCCAAGUCCAAGGAGUACUUUUCCAUCCUCCGGCGGUACUUUUACGUGACCCCCACGAGCUACCUCGAGCUCCUCUCGACGUUCAAGACUGUGCUCGUGUCCAAACGCGAAGAAGUCAACACGAUGAAGUUCCGCCUCCAGAACGGCGUGGACAAGCUCAGCGAAACCAAAGUGAUUGUUGCGACGAUGCAAAACGACUUGGUCGAGUUGCAGCCCGUGCUCGCCGCCACUCAGAUUGAAGUCGAGCAAAUGAUGAUCCAAAUUACCAAAGACCGCGCGGACGCCGACGUGACCAAGGCCGUGGUCGAAAAGGAAGAAGCCAACGCGUCAACCAAGGCGAGAGCGACCAAGGAAAUCGCCGACUCGGCCCAGCGGGACCUCGAUGAAGCGCUUCCGGCGCUCGACGCGGCCGUGGCGUGCCUCAAUAAACUUAAAAAGUCCGACAUCGACGAAGUCAAGUCCCUCAAGACCCCUCCGAGUGGCGUCAAGCUCACGAUGGAAGUUGUGUGCAUCCUCUUCCAGCACAAACCCACGAUGAAGGCUGACCCGGACAAGCCCGGCAAGAAGAUCUCUGACUACUGGGACGUGGCGCAAAAGGUGGUGCUCGCGAACGCCAACAAGUUUCUCGAGUCGCUGUUUGCGUUUGACAAGGACAACAUCCCUGACGCGACCAUCGCCAAAGUGCAGCCGUACAUUGACGACCCCAACUUCACCCCGGAAAUGAUUGAAAAGUCGUCCAAAGCAUGCACGGCCAUCUGCAUGUGGGCGCGAGCCAUGUACACGUACCACUUUGUGGCCAAGUCGGUCGAGCCCAAGAAGAAAGCGCUGGCUGAAGCCCAGACAGAACUCGACGCGACCAUGGAGAUCCUCCGCGGCGCCCAAGCCGGCUUGAAGCAGGUCACGGACCGGUUGGCCGAGCUCGAACGCAGCUACAACGCGGCGAUCACCAAGAAAGAAGAGCUCGCGGCUAAAGUGAUUCAAUGCCAAGUACAGCUAGCCAAUGCCGACAAGCUCAUUGGCGGGCUGGGGGGCGAAGAAACGAGAUGGAAGGCCACGGUGGCGCAGCUGAACGAAGAUUACGUCAACCUCACCGGCGACGUCCUGGUCAGUGCGGGCACGAUCAGUUACCAAGGCGCGUUCACGGCCGAGUUUCGGGAUGCGCUCGUGACCAGUUGGCACACUGCGCUUCAAAAGUACCAUGUACCCCAUUCCAAAGGAUGUGACAUCGUUGUGACACUGCAAGACCCGGUAAAGCUCCGUACGUGGCAAAUUGCUGGCCUUCCCACCGACUCGGUGUCGACCCAGAACGGGAUCAUUAUCUCGCGCGCGCGGCGGUGGCCGCUCAUGAUUGACCCCCAAGGGCAAGCGAAUCGGUUUGUGAAAAACCUGGGCAAAGAAAAAAGCUUGUGCGAGAACGGCAUGGACGUGGUGAAGCAGUCGGACAAGAACUUUUUGCGCGCACUGGAAAAUGGCAUCCGAUUUGGCAAGUGGGUCGUGCUAGAGAACGUAACAGAGGAGCUUGACGCGGCGUUGGAGCCCGUGCUAUUGCAGCAAAAGUUCAAGCAAGGCGGCCAAGAUGUGAUUCGUCUGGGGGAAAACAUCAUUCCGUACAACGACUGCUUUCGGUUUUACAUGACAACGAAACUCGCCAACCCGCACUACCCCCCCGAAGUGUGCGUAAAAGUGAGCUUGCUCAACUUUACCAUCACAAUGAAAGGGCUCGAAGAACAACUGCUCAACGUCGUCGUGCAAAAAGAGAUGCCCGAGCUCGCCGAAAAGAAAAACGAGCUCGUGCUAUCGAACGCCGAGUCCAAGAAGCAACUGUACGACAUUGAAAACCAAAUCUUGUACCUGCUGUCCCAUUCCCAGGGCAACAUCUUGGACGACACAAACCUCAUUGAAACGCUCGCGUCGUCGAAGCAAACGUCGGCGAUUGUCGUGGAAAAAAUGAAGGAGGCGGAGGAAACGGAAAAGGAAAUCGAUGCCCGGAGCAACGGGUACCGCCCCGUGGCGUACCGCGCGGCGCUCUUGUUCUUUUGCAUCGCCGACCUGUCUCGCGUCGACCCCAUGUACCAGUACUCGCUGCCGUGGUUCACCAACAUCUUCAUUCGCGCCAUCUUGGCGGCGAAACAGUCCAGCGUGUUGGAGCAGCGGCUGCAGUACCUGAACGACACGUUCACGUACUCGGUGUACAAGAACGUGUGUCGAUCGCUGUUUGAAAAGCACAAGUUGCUCUUUUCGUUCUUGCUCACCAUCAAGAUCUUGCAAGGAAGCGACCUCAUCAACGCGCUCGAGUGGCGGUUUCUACUCAGCGGCAUGGCCCCUGGAACCCCCGUAUCGCUGGACAACCCGGCGCCGCACUGGCUGGAGGGGUACGCGUGGACCGAACUGUGCCGGGUGUCGUCACUGCCGGCAUUCAUCGGGUUUGCCGAGUCGUUCGGCAAGGAGAAGGAAGCGUACCGGGCGAUGUUUGACAGCAGCGAGCCACACAUGGUCCAGCUUCCGGGGGGAUGGCACGACAUGCUUGACGGGUUCCAGCGGCUGUGCAUCCUGCGAAGCUUGCGACCAGACAAGAUGAUGCAAGGCAUCCAGAACUUGGUGAUUGAAAAGCUGGGGAAGGAGUUCAUCGAACCCCCGCCCUUUGAUUUGCAGGAGACGUUUGAAGACUCGACGCCCGUGUCGCCGCUUAUCUUUGUCUUGUCGCAAGGCAGCGACCCUGCCAAGGACCUGCUCACGUUUGCAAUCGCGACCAAGAUGGACACCAAGUUGAAAAGCAUUGCGUUGGGGCAGGGUCAAGGCACGUUGGCGGUCCGGCUAAUCGAGAACGCCGUGCUCAAGGGGGAGUGGGUGCUGCUGCAAAACUGCCACUUGGCGCUGUCGUGGAUGUCCGACUUGGAGCGGAUCUGCGAAGAGCUGGACCCGGCCAAGCUGCACGUGGACUUUCGGCUGUGGCUCACGAGCAUGCCCACGCCCGUGUUUCCGACGUCUGUGCUGCAGAACGGUGUGAAAAUGACCAAGGAAGCGCCCAAGGGACUGAGGGCGAACCUGAAGAACACGUACUUCAAACUGAACGACGACAGCCUGACCAAGACCAACAAGCCCGGUGUGUUCUGCAAACUGCUCUUUGGGCUGUGCUUUUACCACGCCAUCGUGUGCGAGCGCAAGCGCUUCGGGGCCCUCGGCUGGAACAUUCCGUACUCGUUCAACGAAACAGACCUUGACAUUAGUGUGGCGCAACUUGAAAUGUUUUUGGACACGUACGACAAAGUGCCGUUUGAAGUGCUGCAAGUGAUGACGUCGAUGAUCAACUAUGGCGGUCGCAUCACGGACGACAAGGACAUGCGCACGUCGGACGUGAUCCUCAUGACGUAUUUCAAAUCGGACAUUUUGACGGACGGGUACAAGUUUUCGUCGAGUGGGGUGUACAAUUCGAUUCCGUGCAACCCCAAGGCGCCGUACGCGUCGUACGUGGACUACAUCAACUCGCUGCCGAUCAACCCCGAGCCCGAAGUGUUUGGUAUGCACGACAACGCCAACAUCACGUGCGCACAAGCUGAAACGUACGACAUGUUUGACAUCAUCUUGAGCCUCCAGCCGCGCAUGAGCUCUGGGGCGGGCAAGUCGCGGGAGGACACGAUCGCAGACGCGGCAAAGACGAUUGAAACGAGCUUGCCGCCCAAUUUUGACCUGGACUUUGUGCAAGUCAAGUACCCCGUCAUGUACACGGAGAGCAUGAACACGGUGCUGGCCCAGGAAGUCGAACGGUUCAACAAACUGCUGGGGGUUAUGAAGGACACGCUCAAGCAAGUCCAGAAGGGCCUCAAGGGGCUGAUCGUGCUCUCAUCCGAGCUCGAAAGCAUGGGCAACAGCUUGUACGACCAAAAAGUGCCGACGCUUUGGGAAGGCAAGGCGUACCCGUCGCUCAAGCCGCUGACGCUGUGGGUGGCGGACCUGAUUGACCGGCUCACGUUCAUUUCCAACUGGAUCGACAAGGGCAUCCCGACCGUGUUUUGGAUCUCCGGGUUCUUCUUUCCGCAGGGGUUUAUGACUGGUAUCAUCCAGAACCACGCGCGCCGUCAGAAGUUGCCCAUCGACACGCUCAGCUUCCAGUUCAUCAUGAUGCAGCAGGACCUCCACGACGUCACGGACCGGCCGGCGGAAGGGUGCUACGUGUACGGGUUGUUCUUGGAAGGUGCGCGGUGGAACAAGGAGCUGGCGAGCCUCGACGACCCGUUCCCCAAGGAGUUGUUUGCGAAGAUGCCCCUGAUGCACCUGCACCCGCAGCAGAAGCGACAAGCCCCCACGGGGGGCAUCUACCGGUGCCCUGUGUACAAGAUCCUCACGCGAACGGGCACCCUGAGUACCACGGGCCACUCCACGAACUUUGUCAUGUGGAUUGAAAUCCCGUCCAUUCGACCGACCAUUUGGCGCAAUUCGCUCGUGUCCGAGACCAACGCGCAAGUGCUGUUUUGCGACCAAGAGUACUGGAUCAAGGCUGGCGUCGCGUGCUUUUGCAGUUUACGAUAUUAGCAAAGUAGGAAAUCAUAGCGAACUUUCAUCUAGUGUAUAUGUACCGGUAGUGCUCGAAAAGGGGAUUUCAGUGCAGGAAUAAUAGGAUUGAAUGUCUAGGAACGAUGUACAGUUCAUGUACCUAGCCA